CUGGGAUUUUCCCUCAUAUUAUGCUCUUCAAUGGACACCGGUGGCUCAGUGGUUAGCAUGCGAGCUGAGGAGCAGCCCUUUCAUGUCCGCUACAGGAUGGAGGUGUCCUGCUUGGAGCUGGCUCUGGAGGGCGAGCGGCUCUGUAAGGCGGGGGACUACAGAGCGGGCGUCUCCUUCUUUGAGGCCGCCAUCCAGGUGGGCACCGAGGACCUGCAGGUGCUCAGCGCCAUCUACAGCCAGCUGGGCAACGCCUACUUCCACCUGCACGACUACGCCAAGGCUCUGGAGUUCCACCGGCACGAUCUCACCCUCACCAGGACGAUCGGCGACCUGCUGGGAGAAGCCAAAGCCAGCGGAAACCUGGGCAACACGUUAAAGGUGCUGGGUCGCUUCGACGAGGCGGUGGUCUGCUGCCAGAGGCACUUGGACAUAGCCAGGGACAUCAACGACAAGGUGGGGCAGGCUCGAGCUCUGUAUAACUUUGGGAAUGUGUACCACGCCAAAGGCAAGAGUAUCUGCUGGAGCGGGGCCGAGCCCGGAGACUUCCCAGAAGAGGUCAUGACGGCUCUGAGGAAGGCGGCCGAGUACUACGAGGCAAACCUGGCCAUAGUGAAGGAGCUCGGGGACCGAGCCGCCCAGGGUCGAACCUGCGGCAACCUCGGCAACACGCACUACCUGUUGGGCAAUUUUGGCAAGGCCGUGGCGUCUCAUGAACAGCGGCUGCUGAUUGCUAAGGAGUUCGGCGACCGCUCGGCAGAGCGGCGAGCGUACUGCAACCUGGGCAACGCCUAUAUCUUCUUGGGGGAAUUUGAAGUGGCGGCUGAGCAUUACAAGAGAACGCUGCAGCUGGCCCGGCAGCUGAAGGACCGAGCCGUGGAGGCGCAGGCCUGCUACAGUCUGGGCAACACCUACACACUACUUCAGGACUAUGAGAGAGCCAUAGACUAUCACCUCAAACACCUCAUCAUAGCCCAGGACCUCAACGACAGAAUCGGGGAGGGUCGUGCAUGCUGGAGUCUGGGAAAUGCUCACACCGCACUGGGAAACCACGACCAGGCCAUGCACUUUGCUGAGAAGCACCUGGACAUCUGCAAAGAGGUGCGAGAAAAGACACAGAACAAAAUCCGAGGAUUCCCCACUAGAGCUGUGCAAAAACCGAAAUACCUGAAGGGCCCCUCACGUGUGCUUCUACUCAUCGGCUUUGGUUUGUUUCAGACUGGAGACAGGAGCGGGGAGCUGACCGCCCGCAUGAACGUGUCCGACCUGCAGACUGUUUUAGGAGCGAGGCCCAGAAUGAGCAGACGGCACAGCAUGGAGAACCUGGAGCUGAUGACACUCAGUCCAGACAAAAUGAAUGGUCAGAAGUGGAACAGUGACAUCCUGACCAAACAGUCUAAGCCCUCGUUCACCAAGAGCUCCUCCAAGCUGUUCUUCGUCAGCCGUUUGCGUGGGAAAAAGUUCAAGUCUGGCAGCUCCAGUAAGGUCCUCCAAGAUACCAGCAACACCCUGGAUACCAGUCAGACCGCCGCCCAGGGAUCCCAGAAGCGACUCAGUCCCGACAUGCUCGGGGACGAAGGCUUCUUUGACCUCCUGAGCCGUUUCCAGAGCAACCGCAUGGACGACCAGCGCUGUUCGAUACAGGACCGAGGCAGCAGAUUAUCGUUGAACAGCGGACCAGAUUCGCCUCCCAGGACCAUCAGAAAAUCUGUGUCAGAGUCGGUCAACAUGUCCGGGACCCUGGGCAGGCGCUUGGAGGAGUCGUCGGCAGCAGGGGGGAGUCUGCCGGGCCUCAGGCUCAACCAGAGCAGCAACCAGGCCGUGCUCAGCCACCUGAUCGCCAACGCCGACAACGCCGAGCCCGACGACGACUUCUUCGACAUGCUCGUCAAGUGCCAGGGCUCCCGUUUGGACGACCAGCGGUGCGCCCCUCCCCCGCCCCCGGUCCGGGGCCCCACCGUACCGGACGAGGACUUCUUCAGCCUCAUCAUGCGCUCUCAGGCCAAACGAAUGGACGAGCAGCGCGUCACCCUGCCCUCCGCGGCCAGCUCGGCCGCCAGGUCCACCUCCAGCCUCAACUGA